UUGCGACACCCAACUGCCUUUCUCCCUUCCCCUCCCACCUCCUCUAUAGGUCUCGAAGUCCCAGUCCUCUGAGACUCAGGCUUCAGUUCUGGCCUUCAGGGCUUGAGACCCCAUGAGACAAGGGUGUGAUCUUCAUCCGAGUCCCAACCCUUAACUCCCUUGCCCAAGGCCUGGGCUCUCCUUGGGACCUCCCGACCGACUCAUCCCGGGGCCCUGUCGCUGCUACUCCACCUGCGGCCUUUGCCUGAGCCCUGAUGGGGGAGUGAGAGGACUCAGCUGGCCGGACAUGGGCUUCCCCAUCGUGCCUGGCCUGCCGCUGCUACUGGUGCUCCUGACUCUGUUGGUGCAAAUAAACCUCUCAAGGGUUGGUGGACUGGUCCCUCGCUCCAGGGACCGGGAAAAGAGAGAAAGCCAGUGUCCCCAAGGAAAAUACCCCCACACUCAUAAUAAUUCUAUUUGCUGUACGAAGUGCCAUAAAGGGACCUACCGGUACAAGGACUGCCCAGGCCCAGGGCUGGACACGGACUGUAGGGAGUGUGCACAUGGCACCUACACUGCUUCCGAGAACUACCUCACACAAUGCCUCAGCUGCUCCAGGUGCCGGACAGAAAUGGACCAGGUGGAGAUUUCUUCAUGCAGAGUGGACCAGGACACCGUGUGUGGCUGCAAGAAGGAACAGUAUCGGAAAUAUUGGAAUCUUACUCUUUUCCGCUGCCUGAACUGCAGCUCCUGCCUCAAUGGCACUGUGCAAGUCCCCUGUAGUGAAAGACAGGACACCAUAUGCUCCUGCGACGCAGGGUUCUUUUUAAACAACAAGAACAAGUGCAUGGACUGUGCUUACUGUAAGAACAUGGAGUGCAUGAAGUUGUGUGUCCCACGUGAAUAUGUUUCGACACCUCCGGCCUCAGACACCACAGUGCUGUUGCCCCUGGUGAUCAUCUUUGGUCUCUGCCUUUUAUCCGUCCUCUUCUCAGUUUUAAUAUGCCGUUUCCCACGGUGGAAGCCCAAGCUCCAGGCCAUUCUUUGUCCUGAAGCGAUAUCUACAAAAGAGGAGGUAGCCAGCCCACACCGAGAAUUCAGCUCUCCUACAACCUUCCCCACCUCCCCAUCAUGUCCUACUCCCUUCAAACCCGGAGAUACUUCAAAGCCCAAAGAGAUGGUCUCAUACCACCAGAAAAUGUGCCUUCUCCAAGAAGAUCUAGCCCGCAAUCCCACCUCCACCUUUCAUAAUUGCGAGGGCAGCACCUACAUGCAGAGCCAAGCUGACCCAGCGAUGCUGUAUGCCGUGAUGGACUGCGUGCCCCCAUUGCGCUGGAAGGAGUUCGUGCGGCGGCUGGGGCUGAGUGAACACGCGAUCGAGCGGCUGGAGCUGCAGAAUGGACGCUGCCUGCGCGAGGCGCACUACAGCAUGCUGGCGGCCUGGCUCCAGAGCAGGCCACGACGGGAGGCCACGCUGGAUCUUCUGGGCCAAGUGCUCUGCGACAUGGACCUGCGCGGCUGCCUGGAGGAAAUAAAGGCUACCCUGCGUGGCCCCGCCUCCCUCUCGCCGGAGACCCACCUUCUCAGAUGAGGCCACGCCCCCUGGGAGGGGCCUGCCUUGAGGACAGCCGUUUCCUGCCCUAGGGUCCCUAAAGGACCUUGCAAGACGUCUUCUGGACCUUCUUCUUUUUUUUUUUCUGGAGAGGAAGGGUCUUGGAGGGGCAGGCAUGAGCUGGCAGCCAUUACCUUGGUGCUACUCCCUCAAUGUGUGUAGCUUUCUCAGCUGCCUUAGCACUGCUGGAGGGUCAGCUGUGCAUGUGCUCACGCGUGUGUGUGUGUUUGCGUGUGUGUGUGUGUGUGUGUGUGUGUGUGUGUGUGUGUGUGUGAGAGAGAGAGGGGGGUGGAGAGAGAGAUGGGGGGAGAGGGGACAGAUAUAGACUGAUGUGGUGUGUGUGGCUGUGAGGGAGGCUGAGUGUGCCAGGAGCCCAAGCUGGCGGUUGUAGGGAUACGGGGUGCCAUGAUUCAUUGCCUAUUUUGGGCUUGGAGGACCCAGCAAGGAGCUUUAGGGUCCUCUGAGCCUUUUUAAUAGUAGAUAAGCAAUCUUUGUAUCAUUUACGUUAUACUAAUAGAAACUUGGCAUUCCUUUCUUCCCUGCCUGGGCAGGCACAGUAACCUGAAUGGUCCUAAGGUAGGGGACAAGCACAGAACAAUGGGGCCUCUAGUGGAAGCUGUGGACUUUUGUAAAUACACUAAAACUGGAGGAUUAAAGCUAUGCUCCUGGA